GCCGAGGGGCGGCGGGGCCUUCCCUGGUCUGCUCGGCCGCUCUGCCCGCGGGGCGCCCUCAUCUAGCUCCGGGUCUGUCCGCCUCUCCCGCCUCCCGCGGUUCCCCACUCCUGCCCUCUGUCCUGACUCCGCAGCGCGGCCGCUCGCUUCCCACACUCUGGAAAUAUCGCUGGAAACUCUGAGUGGCCCGCGUCGGCCCGCCCGACCCCUCCCCGACGCCAGCACCGCGGUGCGGGCCGGGAUGGCAGCUGGGAAACCAAAGCGGGCUCCCUGGGGACCCUCGGUGGCCCCUCCCGGCACCGCCUCCCCGCCGGCCCGGCCCCCUCGGCAGGGGGCCACCAGUGUCCCCGCGCCCCGACGGCCAGAGGGCACUCUCACGGCCCCUCCUCUCCAGCCCAGCCCCUGCUCGCAGUCCACAUCCGAGACCCAAACUCCGCCCGCCCUGCCGCGCUACUCUCCUGAUCCUGCCUCCCGCGCGCGCUCCUCUUCGGCCUCCCUCUUCCUCCUCGGGCGCCCGGCCUGGCCCGGCCAGUGCUGACCCGGUCACGAGGGCCGCGACGGCCCGCGCGUCUCCCUGCCCUUCCUCCUCGAGCGCCCGCGCCAGGCAGCAGCGGGGCAGGGAUGCUCCUGCGCUCCCAGGCGACGUCGGGCCCGGCCACCUGCUCUCCGGGGAAGAGGACACGCAGAGGAGCAGCUGGCUGGCCCGGGGUCCUCUGACCUUGACCCAAGCAUGCAGGGCCCACCCCGAAGCCUUCCCACUGGGCUCAGCUUGGACGACUUCAUCCCUGGCCACCUCCAGUCCCAUGUAGGGUCAUCCUCCCGGGGGACACGGGUGCCCGUGAUCCGGAAUGGUGGCUCCAACACCCUUAAUUUCCAGUUCCAUGACCCCGCGCCCAGGACUGUGUGCAAUGGCUGCUACAUGCCAGGACAAGAUGCUUCCCAGCACCCAGACCCUGCGUGGUAUCAGACCUGGCCAGGCCCUGGGACCAAGCCCUCUGGAAGCACAAAGACCCCUGCCCGCCAGCAAGCCCAGAACUGGUCAGCCACGUGGACCAAGGACAGCAAGCGCCGGGACAAGCGCUGGGUCAAGUACGAGGGAAUCGGGCCCGUGGAUGAGAGCGGCAUGCCCAUUGCCCCCCGAUCCAGCGUUGACAGCCCCAGAGACUGGUACCGGAGAAUGUUCCAGCAGAUUCACCGGAAAAUGUCAGACCUGCAGCUGGACUGGACCUUUGAGGAGCCGCCCAGAGUGGUUUCCUCGCGUACCUCCUCUGCAGACCCCAGGCAUCCAGGAGCCCAGCAAAGACCUGUCCCCAGGUCCGGCACGGCAGCACCUUCCAGCGGAAGGAGCUGGGACCACUCUGAAGAGUUACCUAGAAGCACCUUCAGCUACGGACCUGGAGCAUUCUCCACGGUGCUGCAGCCCCCAAAUCAGGUGCCCAGACGCCGAGAAAAAGUAGACAGUAUCUGGACGGAAGAGUCCUGGAACCAGUUUCUGCAAGAACUAGAGACUGGGCAGAGGCCCAAGAAACCACUGGUGGACGACCCUGGUGAGAAGCCCUCCCAGCCCAUUGAGGUGCUGCUGGAGAGAGAGCUGGCCAAGCUGAGCGCUGAGCUGGACAAGGACCUGCGGGCAAUCGAGACCCGACUGCCGUCCCCCAAGAGCUCGCCAGCGCCUCGACCAGCCCCAGAGCAGCGGCCCCCGGCCGGCCCGGCCUCAGCCUGGAGCCCCUGCUCCCCGCAUGCACCUUACCUGGGUUCCACCCGGUCCCUGAGCCCCCGCAGAAUGGCUGAUGGAGGAAGCCCCUUCUUAGGUCGGAGGGACUUUGUCUACCCUUCCUCAACCCGUGAACCUAGUGCCUCUGACGGAGGGGGCAGCCCAGCCAGGAGGGAAGAGAAGAAGAGGAAGGCCGCCAGGCUCAAGUAUGACUUCCAGGCGCAGUCCCCCAAGGAGCUGACUCUGCAGAAGGGUGACAUUGUCUACAUCCACAAAGAGGUGGACAGGAACUGGCUGGAGGGAGAGCACCAUGGCCGCCUGGGCAUCUUCCCUGCUAAUUAUGUGGAGGUGCUGCCCGCAGAUGAGAUCCCCAAGCCCAUCAAGCCCCCAACCUACCAGGUGCUGGAGUAUGGAGAGGCCGUGGCCCAGUAUACCUUCAAGGGGGACCUGGAGGUGGAGCUGUCCUUCCGCAAGGGAGAGCACAUCUGCCUGGUCCGCAAGGUGAACGAGAACUGGUACGAAGGCCGCAUCGCGGGCACGGGGCGCCAGGGCAUAUUCCCCGCCAGCUACGUGCAGGUGUCUCGCGAACCCCGGCUCCGGCUCUGUGAUGAUGGCCACCAGCUCCCCGCGUCUCCCCGUCUGACCGCUGCUGCCCGUUCGGCCCGUCAACCCAGCUCCCCCUCAGCACUGCGCAACCUAGCUGACCCCACCGACUGGGGGGGGUUGACCUCCCCCCGCCGCACUGGCUUCUCCUUCCCCACCCAGGAUCCCAGACCACAGACCCAGCCCCAGAAUCUUGGCACCCCUGGGUCAGCUCUGUCCCAGCCUCGAGGUCCCAGCCAUCCCCUGGACCUGGGAACCUCCUCCCCUAACACUUCUCAGAUACACUGGACUCCGUACCGGGCGAUGUACCAGUACAGGCCCCAGAACGAAGACGAGCUGGAGCUGCGCGAGGGGGACAGGGUGGACGUCAUGCAGCAGUGUGACGACGGCUGGUUUGUGGGUGUCUCCCGGAGGACCCAGAAAUUUGGAACGUUCCCUGGAAAUUACGUUGCCCCCGUGUGAGUGGUCUCCAUGGCAACUUGGAGCCAACCAGGACGGGGUGGGGAGCCGUAGCACUCGUGGGAGGGAGAGAACCCCCCACAUCCUCCUUCCCCAGGACCUGAGCUCCUGGCAUCUGCAGAUGAUCCCUGCAGCUUUUCCCGCGGACCCCCCUCGAAGCCCCCUGGACUGAUUCCCACCCACGACUCACAGGCAUUCCUCCUACAGCCCUUUCAUUUCCUCCCCACCCUACUCCCCAAAUACAGAGGUCUGCUUUGAAGUGGAGACCAUUUCCAGGCCUUAUUGAGACCAGACCCCAAGCCCCCAACCCCCAUCCUGCUCCAGCGUUUCCUUUAACAGGGACCAGCUCCCCGCUUCGCCCCCACGGGGUUCCUCUAACCAGGACCAGCUUCCUAGCCUCCUAGAGACCAAAGGCCACCCCCACCUUCUGGGGUUCCUCCCACACACCCCAGCUUGCCGGCUGCCCUCUGCCUUCUGGCCUCCAGCUGCCGCCAGGAGUGGAGCAAGGCGAGACACUGUCCCAGCACCUUCUUAGCAAUCCAGGCCUGGCAAGAGCUCUGGCCCCAAGGCCACCUCUUCCCACGGGCUGCCAAGUCCUGGGCCUGGGCCUGGCAUAUCUCCCUGCACUGUGGGGCCAGGCACCACUGGCCUGGCUCAGAUGUUCCUCAGGGAGACUGCUGUGUGCUGCCCACUGCCUACCAGCUCUCCCCCAGUGCCAAGUCCCCUCUGGAAGAGAAUGUCAAAUAAACCUGCAUACCAGGGA